AUGCGUUUCACUCAGGUGACAUCGUUGAUCUUGAGCCUAGCUGCCUUAACCAUCGCAAGCCCAUAUCCUCACCCAGUCCCGGAGACUGAUAAGAAUAUUGCAAGUGGAUUGGUCUAUGCUCCUAGGGACUCGAGACAGCAACCGAAGGCGAAUUCAAACAAUGUGAUCAUUAUCACAAAGACAGAAGAAGAGCAGUUGACGGAAAUCUCACGAAAUCGCGAGAUUCAACUUACCAAGCUUGUUCAAGAGCGACUUAUCAUCAUCGAUCGAACACAAAUCGCUAGGGACAACAUUAGGAGAAAUCACUUCAAGAACUUGAACGCGCAACAGAACAUUAUCAUCAUUGUUGUCACACAAAUUGUCGAUGCUCGGGAUAGAUCAAACAAAAAUGUUCGAUAUAUGACACAUCAAAUCCAAGCAAAUAACCAAGCCCAGGAUACACAAUUUGUUAUGGUUCAGCAGGAUCAACGAAUGACCAUCAAUGGUGUCAAUGUUGCAUCUUCGACAGGAACAGCAUCUUUGCCUCGAGGCACUGGAGUGUCGGCUUUCCCUUCAUUUGAGACUUAUGAUUCAAAUGCGACCCCAUCAGUAUCAAAUGUCACCCAUAUUCUACCGGUGAAUGCUCAAGCUCCAAACUUUGCGGGCGUGAAACAAUUCCAGGACCCAGCAAUGAUCAUCGAAGAGGGUCAGAAGGCAUUUGUGAAUUUUGUGAGCGGUACGGGAAAUUGA